GGUGAUUUAGAAACCAAUUCACAGUGGAUAGAGGGAAACUGCACUUCUUAAGCUUAAAAACAGUAAUUUUCCAUGUGAUAAACUGAUGAAUGCAUUAUUAUAUUAUUAUUCAAAUUCAUAUUCAAUUAUUACGUUCAUACAAACUCAGUUUUUAUCUCUGUACUUUCAGACACAAACUCUGAAGGCUAUGCACUGCAUUCUCUCCUAUUUUCCGCAUGUGUCUCCCUCUCCAUAUUCACAUGUGAUGAUUAAGGAUUUGACAGGUUAUAAAAGGCUAUGAAAAUACUGUACUGUCUGUGUUUGUGCAAAAGGAACAGUCACAUUCUUUGCUGAAUUCCAACAGGCUGAUUUUACAUUUCUCAAAUUGAGCAGAUUCUGAAAUUCAAUCUAUUACACAAGGAAAGUAGGAAAGUAAAGAAGUGACCAAAAACAGGUCAUCAUUCUGUAAGCAUAUAUGUUAGUAUAUUUAUAUCAACCCAUUAGGCCACUGCAUUGAUAUAUUACCACUCAACCACAGAUCAGGCUGUUCAAUGCUACAAGUGGGCUUAGUACAAGUAAGUAGUAGCCUUGUUACUCGAACCCCGUACUCAGUGUGAAAAAGAUACUCAACGUUGAUUCUUUAGCUACGUUACUACAUUAAGUUACGUAACUUAACCAAGCUGCGACCCUGCCCACGUGUUUUAUUUUGAAAGUCUAACCGGACGUUGCAUAUUUAUUAUUGCCGCUUGACCCUGCACGUGCGGGCAGGACAGUACUGGAGUACAGUUACGUCUAUCCGAGCCUCCAUAACUUAUGUGAUAAAUUGGGAGUGAGGACGUGUUGGUAAAUCUGUGCAUUCUUCAUUCCUUAUGUCCUGUUCCUUGUGACCUGUGGCAUUCCUCUGUUUGUACUGGAGACGGCGCUGGGCCAGUACACCAGUCAAGGAGGAAUCAUGUGCUGGAGGAAAGUCUGCCCCUUGUUUGAAGGCAUGGGAUACGCCAGCCAAAUUAUCCUUUUCUAUGGAUGUAUCAGCUACAUUGUGAUUUUAGCCUGGGCUUUUCUCUACUUUUUCUCUUCCUUCUCUGGCAAGCUGCCAUGGGCCUCAUGUAAUAACACAUGGAAUACAGAUUCUUGUGUGGUAUUGAACAACUAUAAUGCCACUGCUAACUGGACCUCACCCAUGAAUGCUUCCUCGUCUGUAGUAGAGUUUUGGCAACUACGAGUGCUAAAAAUAUCCACCGGCAUAGAUGCCUUAGGAAGCGUACGGUGGGACCUUUCUUUAUGCCUUCUUCUGGCCUGGAUCAUCUGCUACUUUUGUGUCUGGAAGGGAGUGAGAUCCACAGGAAAGGCUACCUAUGUCACAGCCACAUUCCCCUUCCUCAUGUUGGGGGUGCUGUUUCUCAGGGGAAUGACACUUCCUGGAGCCUUCCAUGGCAUCAAGUACUACCUGUACCCCAAUCCUGCACGGCUCGCUGAUCCGCAAGUUUGGAUGGACGCUGGAACCCAAAUAUUUUAUUCCUAUGCUAUAUGUUUGGGAUGCCUGACUACACUUGGGAGCUACAACAAGUACAACAACAACUGUUACAGAGACUCCUUCUAUCUUUGCUUGUUGAACAGCGGGACUAGCUUUAUAUCUGGCUUUGCCAUUUUCUCAGUUCUGGGCUACAUGUCACAGAAAUCGGGCAUCGACAUUUCUUCAGUUGCUGAGUCAGGCCCUGGCCUUGUGUUCAUAGUCUACCCACAAGCUGUGACCCUUCUUCCAUGGCCUCAGGUCUGGUCCGUGUGCUUCUUCUCCAUGAUCAUCUUGUUAGGAAUAGACGGUCAGUUUGUUGGGCUUGAAAGCAUCAUGACCUCUCUAACGGAUGUCUACCCUUCCCAGAUCCGAAAAGGAUAUCGCAGAGAGCUUUUCCUGAUGCUGAUCUGUGCUAUUUGCUUUAUGUUUGGCCUGUUAUUGGUGUCAGAGGCUGGAGCAUACAUUCUGCAGAUCUUUGAUCACUAUGUCUGCAGCGGCCCCACUCUUCUUCUGAUGGCAAUCUUCCAGUCACUCAUUAUUGGAUGGAUUUAUGGUGCUGAACGCUUCAGUGACAACAUUGAGGACAUGAUCGGGUACAAACCUCUAUCACUGAUCAAGUACUGCUGGAUGUUUGGCACCCCUCUUAUUUGCAGUGGCACACUUGUGUUUUUGCUCCUGAGAUACUCCCCCUUGAAGUUUAACAACUCCUACGUGUAUCCUUGGUGGGCGUACUUGAUCGGCUGGUUUUUGGCCAUGUCGUCUCUUACAAUGAUUCCAGUAACCAUGGUCUGCAAACUAGUCAAAGGAAAAGGGACUCUCUGGCAGCGUCUCAAGACAAGUUCCAGACCUGCAGAUGACCUUCCAGUGAUUGCAAAGGAAAUGACAUGCAUCAGUGCCUCACUGCAUGUCCCUGAUGAUGGAAAAAUUUGCAAUUUGUAACAAAAUUUCAAUCAACACACAAAAUGGUAUAGAGCAGGUUUUUACUAUAUAUAGGUUUAUGGUGGUAUUUUUGUUUAUAUUUAUGGUGGUAGCAUUCAUUUCAGAUACUGAAUGUACAAAAUUCUACAUUGAGUUGCGCCCAAUUUAUACAACCCAAAUCUGUAAUUCCUCAAAACCUGAAGGACAACAAUGGUGUUUCUGCAUGAUUUAGCACCUUCACUACAAACGCACAAAUGAAUGCAGUGGAAAGUUAUUUAAACUCAGAUUAUAUUUAGGCUGUUAUUAAAGCAGUAAAUUUGAAAUAUUUCCGAUAACAUAAUAUUAGUGACUAAAUAAGCAACAAUCAAUUUUAGGGGGAAAACAGUUUUACCUAUUACUUGUUUAGAGAUCAACACUUAAAAACUAAAAGCUAAUCUACUUCAUCAGGAAGGAGGUAGUUUCAUCAGAUUUAAUGUCAUCACUUUGUCAACAUAAUCAAACAGGGCAUCAAGAAUAAAAACCUGAAUUCAGGGCAGUGUUUUGAUCUACAAGAUCCUCUUCAAUACAUUGCUUUGAAAAGACAAUUAAAGUAUUUAUUUGGAGCCUAACAUUGUGUAGAAUUUUGUCCUUUGUGCCCUGCAUUUUUUUGUCUUGCCUCUAUGUGACCAAGAUUGUUCUACAUUUUGCAGAAAAUAGUGUCUUCAUGUAGGACCUAUCACUCACAAUAAGAGGCUGGUAGAGAAAAUGGAUUUAUUUGGCAUUUAAAGGAAUAGUUUGACAUUUUUGGAGAUACACUUUUUCUUGAUUGAUCAAUUGUCAUGUCGGCAGAGUUAAUAUGAAACUACAGCCAGAAGCUGAUUGGAGAGACUCAUUGGUGAAUUAGUGGUCUUUAGAGGUGCCGAAGGCUUCUUUUUAUACCAUUUCACAGAGCCAGGCUAGCUGUUUCAACGUUGAUCUUUGUCCUCAUUCACCUCUUCCGUACAAGGUUUCCCGUCACAUUCAUCUGUGAAGUAAUAUAGUAUGCGAUUACCAGCAUACUGUUCACACUUAAGUCUACUCAAUCAAGACAUGUCAUGUCAUCCAAGUCAUGUGACUGGAUCACAUGAUUGGGUUUGCCCAGUCUGAAGAGGUGUAGUGCCUUUUCAUACUCAUGUAUGAAAUUCAUGCUAGUCUAGUAUGCAUCCAGCCAGGCAUUUCUUGCGUACACAAAAUCCACAUUUGUGCAGUUGCAACAUACUCAAUUUGACAUCAUACUUAUGUUAGCAUGCGAUUAUACCCAUGUUCCUCCCCUUUGUUCUCCUCCUGUUUUUCAAACAGGCCAGAGCUGCAGUGAUUGUUAUUAUAAUAGACUUAGUCAUUCAUAUGAUUCCAUCAGUGGACUUUCUGUAGGUCCUCACACUAGGGCAUCAUCACCAUCGUUGCUGUCUGUGGUGUCAAUUUUCAGACACAAGUCUCAUUUAUUUUCUAUUCACUCAUCAAAUUGUUUUAUAUAUGCAGUGUAUAUUUUUUUUCAGCAGUAUAAAGUAUGGAGUAUUUACUUCCUCAGCCUGUUAAAUAAGUGUUAAGCUACUUGCUGCUUUUAAUUCCAUUUCCUUGGAUCACUAUAUUGAUGAGGUAUUUUUAUAUGACUUUUGUCUUCAUAUAUACAUGACUUUAAAUUCGAAUAAUAAAACACUUUUUGGGGCAA